ACCACUAAAACAGUCAUCAGCGUGAAUCUCGUUAAGCCGUUUCGCAUGUGGUGCAUUAAUUAAACCUUUGUUGUGUCCGUCGUUCGGAAUUUUUAAACGAAAUUCAUUUUUGAUAUGAAAAUGUGGAACAAUAAAUUCAGUUUUGGUGACAAGGUGUAGUGGUCCGGAGUGCGAAAAAUUGUUUUUAAAAAAAAACAAGAAAGAUUUAUCGAACGUUUGGACGUUGGUGAAUAAUUUAUUUGAAAAAGUUUUUGGCGUGAUGAGGCUCGAUAUGUAGUACGGAGACUGGUGCUGUGGCGUACACUUGUUCAAAUAUCGCACAAUGACUUUCGACUUCAGUUCCUGACCUAACCUUCGCGGGAAAAAGUAGAGAAAAAUAAAUAAUUUCUUUACGUUUUGCUGCAUUUGCGGUUCAGAUUUGGUGUAGUGCAUUCGCAAUAAAACUUUGGAGUAGUUUAUGCUUGACAUGCCGUCACAUACUCAUUAGAACAAUCAUAUCGGCUUGAAAAAUGGUUCGUUUAAAAGUGCAGUGAAUUGAAAUGAUGAAUUCUUUUUUUCGGAUGUUUGUGUUGUGGUUAAUGAUCCUUCUCUGGUGUACGUUGCUAUCAAUUUGCCAAGCAGUUCACAUUGAUAUUGUGCGAAAGCCGUCUUUAAGAUUCAAUGGACUAAAGAUAACCGGAAAGAAUGUUCAUGAAUAUCUUGACGAAAACGAAAAACUGUUCAUUUUUGGUGGAAGAGAUCCAAGAGAAAAUGUGAAAUUGGUCCAUGUCUUUCACAAAUCCAGAUUUAAACGAUCGAUUGGCGAAAAGGUUAUUCACAUUCAAAUUGAUGGAGAAGAAAGCCAGAAGCUGAAAUUAGCCUUCCAGAAAAGCAACCAACUGAUCGACGACAAUUUCGUCUACAUCAAACGGGAUGGCAAUACAUCCAUACUUAUCGACGAUUAUCCGAGAAUUGCAUCCAGAUUUCGUGAUUGCUUCUACAGAAACAUCAAUUCGGCAUUGGAUGUUUGCGAUGGAAAUAUUAGAGGAAUGAUCAAGCAGAAUCAACAUUUUUUCAUAAUACACCCGUUACCCGAACGAUUCGGCACCCAAUCCCACAUUGUCUAUGAAAUGAGACAUCCGUUGAAUGUCUCACACCCACCGAUUAUUGAAUUCAAUCAAGAACCCGGCAAUAGCUCACUAUCCGAACCCAAUGUUCGGGAAGUGAAGAGGCGAAUGAGGCGUCGUACAUCCGCUACAGAAAAGAUUCCACAUGUCCUUCACAUCGAAACUGCAAUCUUUGUCGACAGAGAUUUGUACAAGCACAUGGCAAUCAACUUUGCCAACGAUACUGAAUCGCAGAUCAUCAGAUUCGUCCUUGCACUUGUCAAUGGAGUUCAGCUGUUAUACCACCAUCCGUCGUUGGGAUAUCAGAUAAAUUUCGUGCUCAAAAGAUUGGAAAUAUUGCACAGUGAUCCGAAGGAAUUGAAGAGGUCAAGCGACAUUGACGUCUUUCUGAACAGUUUUUGCCUGUGGCAGAGGAAAUUCAAUCCCGUCUCCGAUGCGGACAUUGUCCAUUUCGAUCAUGCUGUUAUAUUAACCGGUCUCGAUCUCUAUGUAGUUAGCAAAAAUGGAAAAGUGAGCAGUCAAGUAGUUGGACUGGCACCCGUUGCUGGCAUGUGUACAGCAACGUCAAGUUGCACGAUCAAUGAAGGAAAGCACUUCGAAAGCGUAUUCGUCGUUGCACACGAAAUCGGCCACAAUUUAGGAAUGCGGCACGACACACCUGAAAACAACUGUGAUCCUAGCCUGUAUAUAAUGUCGCCGACAUUAGGAAGCGGAAAGAUAACAUGGUCAAGAUGCAGUCAAAACUACUUGACGGCAUUCCUGAAAACACACCAAGCCAAGUGCAUGUUCGACCGUGGUCAUUUCGCUCCGAAGUUAGAUCAUUCAGCUGAAGGAAUCUUACCGGGUGAAAGGUUCGAUGCAAACCAGCAGUGCAUUUUAAAGUAUGGCAAAGAUAGCGUACGAGCCGUUACUCAAGAUGUAUCGGAAAUUUGUAGGGAUUUGCACUGUCAAAGAGAACGGUAUACGUGGACAUCACAUCCUUCGUUGGAGGGAACCAAGUGCGGAGACAGUCGAUGGUGCCGGAGUGGUAUGUGUGUCAGUCGAUAUAGUCAGAACGUUACAGCAUCGCAAAUUGGUACUAGUAAACAUGCUCACCAAUCUAAUUCGAUAUUCGACAAACGAUAUGCCGGUAUCAAGCAAGAAUAUGGUGGAGUCAUUUGGAGUAACUGGAGCGAGCCAACCGAAUGUGAAUCCGGAUGUUUGUACGGCGAGUCGGGUAGACUGCGCGAAGGAAGUACUGGACUAAGAAUGUACACUAGGAAAUGUUUGGACUUCAAAUUGAACGCAGACAAAUGCAAGGAAGGCGACAAAAAAUAUGAGGCUUGCAGUUCGCGACAGUGCUACAACAUACCACGAACGACAAUCGUUGAGUUCGCUAAUCGAAUUUGCGAAAGGGCCAGAAAAUUCGACAGAGACAUAUUGAGCGAAGGCAUGCAACUGGUUGGUGACAAUUUGGUUGAUUCGUGUAAGGUGUAUUGUCGCAGCAAGUCCGGAUCUAAGACGAAAGGCUGGAUAUUCCCAGACGGAACCACAUGUCGGUAUUCGAACUCAGAUCUUGACGGCACUUACUACUGCGUGAACGGAAAAUGUGAAAAAUUCAGUUGCGACAACAGCUCAACCAAUUUCUUUAAGACUGACUCAUUAUAUUGUCCGGAAAGUCCCGAACAAUUACAAGAAAUUGGUGAUGAAGUGGAAAAAAUCAAUGCGACAAGUCUGGACAAUUCGCUGGAAAGUGGACUGAAAAGUUUAUCGAUCAAAUCAAAGGGAUCGUCAAUGGAGAAUGAGUCUGUGAAAAGGACCUAUCCAUAUGCAGGAGUCAGCAGUUUCCGAAAUCAAAAUAACAAAGAGCCAGAAAAUAGCAUUCCCAUUAAGCGAAUGGACGUUCCAUUCCAACGACCAUCCUAUGCUAACGAAUGGAUUGUAAAAUCGGGUUGUCAUUUCUCUUGUAUGAGAUACUCAUUGGGCAUUCAAAUCGUCAUGUCUUCCUUAGAUAGAACAACCAACAUCCAGUUGUGCAAGUCACAAACUGUGGCCUGUGACAAAUUACAGACGACAACCGAAUAUGCGGACAAAUUGUGCUACAAAUAUCAAUUAAAAGUUCGCGGCUUGUCCGGAAAUGGUAUGCAAAUCUUACCGAGCAUAAAAGAUCCAGACCGUGGCUGUAAAGUCGCUUGCCAGGAUGAGUUUCUUCUGCAUCGUUUCUAUUUCGUGAAUGGUGAGCAGGGAUUCUAUCCGUUCGGCACGAGAUGUUCGUCGUCCGAGAAUCGUUACUGUGUCAACGGCAAAUGUCUGAAAUUCGGCUUGGAUGGAAUACCGCUGAAUGAAUCGCAUUUAAGCCUGGCCGGUUAUCGAUCGAAACGCGACCUAUUCUCGAAUCGCAGAGAACGACGAAGCUACCUGUAUUACAGUCCGGUGAACAUAACCGAACGUGUGACACAAGACUAUAUUCAAAGCAUAAUUGCUAGCAUCAAUUUCGCAGAGGACGGGCAAGAGGAUUCAUUGCACGAGGGCCAGAUAGACUUUUUGAAUCCCAUUCACGUUUCACUGUAUGACUACUAUUAAUAGCGCAAGAGAUGGAAUAUGACUCUGGUUAGUUCUAUACUUACUGUAUCGUAGAAUUGUAGCUUUUCUAUGUGUUUUUUAUCCGUUGAAUAAAAUUUAUAUUUCAAAUAU